AUGAAGUUUGGAAAGCAAAUUAGGUUUGUCGCAGUUAAAGCCUGGUACGACAAAUAUGUUGAUUACAAGAAGCUCAAGAAGGUUAUCGCUCAAGGCAGAGAAAACCUUUUUGAAGCUCAUGAUAAUGGCGCUCUCAUGGCCGAAGUAGAGACAAUGAAGGAAACCUUCUUACAGGAAUUUUUCAAGAAACUCUACAAAGACUUGAAUGUUGUCACUAGCUUCUACUCAAAUGAAUACGUUGAAUGCCAAAAAUUGAUUGAUGAGAUUAACAUUGAUAUCAAAGAACAUGUAGAGUUUUCAAACAGAGACGAAGACACUCAAAAGUCUUUCCUCAAGCGCGUUUUCGGUAUCACACUUGAAGUUUACGAAUUAAGAACCUUCCUUGAAGUCAACCGCACAGCAGGACAAAAGAUCGUCAAGAAGAUCAAGAAGAACUUCGGAAACUCACAUUGGGCCGAAGAUUUCAUCAUUAAUGAGGCAGAUAUUUUCCUUAAUCUUCCAGAGAUCAGAAACCUUAUCAAUGAGCUCGAAGAUCAGUACAUUACAGUUGUUCGUGAGAUUUCUCUUACUCCAGAUACAAGACCACGUCCAGAAAUCAUUCUUGAGUUACAUAACAAGGUUGAUGCAACAAUGGCCUGGAAGCAAUCGACAAUUCUUCGUGAUUUCAACGCUAUCGACUUCCGAAAGUCCGAAUUAUCUGCUGUUUCUCAGCCAGUCAAAUUAAUUCCUUUAAUUAUCGCUUUUGUUUUCCUUAUCGUAUUCUCCGUCGCUCAAUUUACCUCGAAACUUAAAUACUCCGCCCAGAAAUGCAUCGGUGUCAUCGGAUUCUGUGCAAUUUUGUGGGCUACAGGCGCUGUUCCGCUUUGGCUUACAUCUCUUUCGAUUCCUCUCCUAGCUGUUGUUCUCAAGGUCAUUACAGGAUAUACGCCGGCCGACCUUGGUAAACUUAUUCAAUCUGCUACGAUGAGUCCAACUGUUUUCCUUACAAUGGGUGGCUUUACUAUCGCUGCUGCACUUAGAGCAACAGAAAUGGAUAAGAGAAUUGCCUCACUCGCCCUCAAAAAGGCUGCAUCGAAUGCCAGAAUUUUCUUAUUAGUUUGUUCACUUCUUAAUGCAUUUAUCGCUAUGUGGAUCUCCAACAUUACAUCAACAAUGAUCGUUGUUACUCUUGUUGGCCCAACAUUACGUCAAAUUCCUCGAGAUUCGAAUUACGCACGCGCUGUUGUCCUUUCCAUCGCUCUUGGAGGCAACUUAGGCGGUAUGAUGACACCUCUUUCAUCUCCACAGAACGCCGUCACUGUACAAGCUGUUGCAGAUGCAUCCAAGGCAUUUAACAUCAAAGCUAGCGUUUCCUUCACCGAAUUCUUUGCUACAGCACUUCCUUUCUCUAUUAUAUGCGCUCUCAUUGCUUGGGUGAUCAUCAUGUUCAAGUAUCCAAUUGAUAUCCAAGGAGUUCCGCCAAUUCCUGAGUCAAAGACCGAUUUCGGAUGGCGCCAGAUCUUUGUAUCCGUUGUAUCCGUUGCCAUCAUCAUUGUUUGGAUUUGUCUUCCUUUUGGAGCAGAAAAAGUAUUUUCUGACUACGGCAUUGUUGGUUUCCUUCCAAUGAUUAUUUUCUACGGCGUCGGCAUCCUUCCUCCAUCAAAAAUUGCUGAGUUGCCAUGGAACAUCAUCUUCCUUCUCAUGGGUGGUAAUGUUCUCUCUAAGAUUGUCCAGACAAGUGGUCUCAUGGAUGUUAUUUCCAACGCAAUGACUGAUUUACUUGGAAAUCAGACACUUUGGGUAACAAUUUUGAUUGUCAACAUUUGUGUUAUUGUCAUCGAUUUCUUCUUGACACACACUGUUUCGUCAAUGAUUACUAUGCCUCUUGUUGCAAACUUCGCAGGAAAAAGAGGUGGUCACAUCGCUUUGUUCUGUAUGUGUGGAUGCAUGGCAACAACAGCAAGCCAGAUACUUCCUGUUUCGUCAUUCCCUAACAUGUGCUGUGUCUCUCUAACUGAUGAUACAAAGAAGGAGUACAUCUCUAGUGGUUCUUUCAUUAGAUGGGGUAUAAUGAUCACUGCUGUACUCUUCGCAUGCGUUAUGACAGUCUAUUAUGGCAUUGGCAUAGCUUAUGGAAUGUAA